AUGUAUAGUCCACGGACAGAAAGAAAAUUAAUAUGGCGAGAAAGAUUUCCAGUUGCAGCACCGGUUCUAUUAGCUGUGAUACAAAUGUUAUCAACAUUUGUCAUUGUUGCUUUAGAAACCGCUUCAGUGAUCAUUUCUCCCGUACGUGGGACAAUAUGGGCCGGUUUCUGGUGUUCCCUUAUAUUUACAUUAUCAUGGGUAUCUAUGUUUGCAUUAGUUUGUUGUUAUAAAUCUCGAUCAUGUGCUACUUAUGUCUUACUAGUUAGCAUCCUAUGUGCCAUAUUUGCCAUUAUUUUAAUAGUAUUCGAUUCAAUAUUUAUUAAUAAUCCGUCGAGAUGUUAUCUAACUGAAUCUAUAUGCAAUAAUUUAAUCACAGCAACAACUAACAAUCAAUUUAAUUAUCAGGAUUUUCUAAAUAAACGUGCAAUAUUAUCUGCACAGCUAGCUUUUGCCGUUCUCAUGUUACUCACGGCAUUAAUUUACAUUCUAGUUUAUGCAAUCAUUUCCGCUUUAGUGCGCAGCCGAAGUGGUCGAGUAUUAGUUGAACAUCAUCACAUUACUGAACUACAACCAUCACAAAAUCGAUAUCCACCAAGAGUCAUACCAAUCAAUAGUCUUCUCAAACGGCUACACUCUUCACGCAUCUCUCAUUCCAUCGUUAUUAUGGCUCUCGACACGUUAAAUCGAAAACUAGCUGUUUGUGCUGCAGUGUUUGCUGGUUUCGCAGUAAUUAUGGCUGUUAUAUCGAUGGCAACAAAUUACUGGACAAAUGACAUGGAGGGAAACCAAGCAUAUUGGAGGGGUCUAUUUUAUAAAUGUUUUAAUUCAAAUUCAACACAAUGUGAAUAUAUUUAUUCUUCUUCAUCGAAGUCAGCAUUUAUUUUGUGUUUAAUUGGCUCAGUGUUCAUGUUAGUUGGUGCAAUAUUUAGUGGUUUAAUGAUGGGUUUUCUCAAUUUUCCACGUAUUCGCUAUUUUCUUGCACCGUUAUUUCUAUUUAUUGCCUGUGUAUUCAUAACAGCUGGUCUGGUAGAUUAUGCAAGUUAUGCAAAUAUCAAUAGUCAUUCAUCACGAUUAAUGAUUGCUUCGAUUGUUUUUGGUUAUUGUGCAUUAACUAUUGCAUCGUUUGUUGCUGGACGUUAUACAAUCUUAACACGUAAUCCAAAGCAAUAUCAACAAGCAACUGUUGGCGGAGUUAAUUAA